AUGCGGAAUAUCUUCAGCUCUUUGCCAUUUCUGCUCUGGAAGAUAGUAGAAGCACUGAAACAAGAAAGUCUACAGCUGAGAAAGCAAAAUGAAGAAUUAGUAAAAGAAGUUGAUCACAUUCAAGAAGGUCGUUGCAGUGAUGUUGACGAAGUAGCCUAUCUUAAAUGGAUAAAUGCUUGCUUGCGGUAUGAGCUGAGGAACUAUCAGUCUGCCCUAGGUGAAACAACUGCAAGGGAUCUCAGUAAAACGUUAAGCCCCGAAUCUAGUAAGAAAGCCAAGCAACUAGUUGUUGAAUAUGCAGCUAAAGAAGACCAAGGGGACAGGGGAAUCCAUGUUUUGGAGCUUGAUUCUAACCAGUUAUCCUCCCAAGAACCACAUCUUAUGAAUUCAGGUGAGUUUGAUGGUACUUCUAUUUCUAAUUCUUCAGCCCAUAAGUCUGACACUUCAAACAAAAGCAAAAUCUUUCGUAAACUUAUGAGACUAAUACGGGGAAAGGACCAUCAUCAUAAUCAUUCAGAAAUGGCUCACAACACUGAAGAGAAUGCACAAGAUAGCAGAUCAAGAACACCAUCUCCAGGUUCAUCCAAACAAUUUAUAGAUUUCCAUUCAUUUGAUCAAGGCUCUACAACCAAUAAAGGAGAAAGCAGAAACUACCCGACACGUACAAUGAGAUAUAGUGAUGUGGGCUAUUAG